CGACUGGAUAGAGAUGCAAAUUGAUCUGCGGGCAACAGACGCCUGUGGAAUAAUCUUGCCUCACUAUGGAGUACAGCUGCAUUCUUCCAAGGGAAAAAAGAUAGAUGGGCGAAUGAUGACAUCGGAAUGGGGGGCAAGGAGGCGGCGGGCUAGUGGGCUUGACGUCAGGCGUUAUAGCUCUCCAGGAAGCCGAGCUGCCCAAAACGAUGCCUCCCAAUCGCUGCUGGAACUGGGACAGUCAAUGAUGGGGGCGUUGAGAGAAAGCAUAAUCAAAGACGCGACUGGAUCAUCCGUAGUUGACGCCCAUUUUAAGCUUCGAUGCCCAAAGGAAAAGGUUGAAGUUCUGGACUCGUGACUGCCAAAUUGCUCCUAACCUCGUGAUCCACACCGCCGAUUUGUCGCGUUUCCCGAACUCUCUUUGUCCCCCGCCGAAAUACCCCAGAUCCCAUCCUCAAAAGAAGCCCUCACUCCCCUUGCGACCGCUUUUCCUCCCCCCUCCAUUUCCUCACACGCCUUUGACAUUUGUGUCCUGCCCACUCCUUUGCUUUAUCUACCUCCGAGAGUCCCGCGACUGUUCCACCAGCAUUCGAAAAAGGCCGAACUACCGUUCCUCUCCUUUCUGCAACUAUCCCAGCCACCCUCGUACGGAGCUCCGCCGUGAUCGUCAUCCGAAGCCCUGCCGCUGGGCCCUAGACCGGGUGAUCCUCGAUCAUUCCCUGCUCGGCUGGGAAUUGGACUUUUCCAUUUGCAUUUUACUCAGGCUCUUUUGUUGUCGCUCCUUAAACCGACUAUCGUCCCUCGCGAUUCGUUGUGUCGCUCCGUGUCUAUUUGUUUAGCUAGGCGGAUCCCGUCUUGUGUUCGUUUCGCGGAGAAUACAUCCAAAUCCAACCCCCGGCGCGAACACGUAUUCCAACACACUCGUCACCAUGGGGGACCGCACACAACGUCAGCCUUCGUGGCUACGAGAAUCGACCCAAAAUGUCCCUUGGAUAUUGCUCGCUGCACAAUCCACUGGAUUCGUGUUGCUAUCUCACUAUUCUCGAAUCAUGCCGCCCGCGGGUGGCAAACGAUACCUUACCUCCACUGCCGUUUUCCUGAGCGAAGUCGUUAAACUAGCGAUCGCCUUGACAAUGGCCCUUUACGAUGUCUCGAAAAACGCACCCCCCUCUAUGCCUGCCACGUCCCUCUUCUUCUCCCUCUCAAGCGCCGUGCUCUCGGGCGAUAGCUGGAAACUGGCCAUCCCUGCGGGUCUCGGCGUCGUCUCAAACUCUCUCCAAUACAUUGCGCUGUCCAACAUGCGCGCGGCGACUUUCCAGGUUACAUUCCAAUUGCAGUUUGUGACUACAGCGAUUUUCGGACUGAUGGCACUUCGGCGGAGUAUUGCCCCUCGAAAGUGGGGUUUGCUAUUGCUUCUGUUGCUUGGCGUGGCCUUGAUUCAGUUCCCCGAUGCUACUGCCGAGCAGACGUCGUUCCACAAUGAGGCCUCGCGCCUUCACUUUCCCCGAUCUUUGGAAGAAUGGAAGGCCGUGAAGGGCAGUGGUGCGGCUGCUAAAAUGCUGAAGCGAUCUGCUACCUAUGAGGGUAUCGAGGAAGAUAUUCUCACAGCCGAGCCACGGCUGAACCACACCGUGGGUUUGCUUGCAGUCGUUGGCGCUGCGAUUGCCUCGGGUAUCGGAGGCGUUUAUUUUGAGAAGGUGCUCAAGGACAGUUCGAACCACGUCUCCUUGUGGGUGCGCAAUGUGCAGUUGGCUAUUUACUCCGUAUUCCCGGCGCUCUUCAUUGGUGUUGUAUUCCGGGAUGGCGAGCGGAUUGCCACUGAUGGCUUCUUCCAGGGUUAUAACUGGACAGUCUGGGCCACAAUUGUGAUUCAGGCUUUGGGGGGUAUCAUUUCCACCUUUUCUCUCAGCCAUACGCAACGGGAUCCCCGGUGCCUGGCUACAACCGCUAGUCUCAUUCUCAGCAUCAUCGGAAGCAUUUGGCUCUUUGACUUUGAGUUGACCGCCAGCUUCUUCUUGGGCGCUGCUGCAGUCCUGGUGGCCACUCACUACUACGGCAAUCCAGCUUUCAGUCCUGCUGCAGCCAAGGUGGGUGGAAUGCGGCCACCUCCAAUUCGCAUCGACAACUUUGAGAAGGACUCUGGUAACGAUGUUGGAUCCCCCGGGGGAGGCCCUCCCGACGAGAUUUCCAUCAAGUUGCCGACCACCCCUUUCUUAUCCGAUGGCAUGUCAUCUUCUCGCCCGACAUCGCCGAACCCGGGUCACACACGGGUGAGCUCCAGCCGGAAUACCAGUGGAGCCCACUACUUCGAAAAGGAAUAGUAGUUCAACAGAACAAGCUUGACCUGACUUCCCGGCUUACUGUCUAUUUGAUGUGAUUAUGGAGAUAUGACUUUUGGGUACCUGACGGAUACGGUAAGACCGUUAUCUACAAUGACAUUUGGAUGUGGCUCUUUUAGCAUUCGACCUGGCGGGCUGUGGGUUCUGAUUGAUAUGCGUGUGAGCGUGUUGUAUAACGUUGAUAAGUCGAUGAGACUUUCGGUCAUGUAUGCAUAUAUACGAAGCAAUGAAAAUUUACCAUAUAGCCC